AUGGCGGCUAAAGAGUAUGAAGGCACAGCGCGGCUCUCACUUGAUGCCGUUGUGGGAUUUGGUGGCCGUGUGCCCAACAGUGUCAUUGCACACCCCGAUGGUGAACAUUUGGUGUACGCACUGGGAGCGUGUCUUGUGAUUCAGAAAUUAAAUGAUCGCACGGCCUCUGACUUUCUGUAUGGACACAAUGAUAUGAUCAGCUGCUUCACCGUGAGCAACAGUGGGCGAUAUGUGGCUUCAGGUCAAAUGACACAUCCCGGAUUUCAGGCAGAUGUCUGCAUUUUUGAUUUUGCAAAACGUCGUAUGAUUCAUCGUAUGAUUUUACAUAAAGUGAAGGUUCAAGCUUUGGCGUUUUCAAGUAAUGAACAGUACUUGGUCUCUAUUGGUGGUGUUGAUGAUAAAGCAGUUGUGGUAUGGGAUGUCUCUACAGGACGACCACUUUGUGGAGCCCCAGCACAUCACACAGAGUCUAAAGCGGUUGCAUUCUUUAAUAACAGUAAUGAAAAACUUAUUACAGCUGGUGUCGGAUCACUUCGUGUUUGGACAGUUGAUCCAGUGGACCGAAAAAUGAAUGCAGAAGAUGUUAGUUUGGGUAAUAUUCGUCGUUCCAUUACUACUAUUGCUGUGGAAUCUACAGACCGUUAUGCCUAUUGUGGAACUACAUCAGGUGAUGUUUUAUGUAUUCUUUUAGAAAGGAAUGCUAAUACAUGUAAAAUGAGUGGACCACAAAAUAAACUUUCAGGAGGUAUUGUUUCUAUGAAUUUUAAUGAAUCUGGUGAUGUUUUGGUGGGAAGUGGUACUGGUGAAUUAACUCUUCUUUCCAAGAUUAAUUUAACCGUAUUGAAACAAGUUUCUGUACAAGGUGCUGUUACUGGUAUUGCAUUGGUUCCACAAGGAUAUAUUAUUGGUACGAUGGAAAGUAAUGUAUAUCUUGUUGAAAGUGGUAAUUUCCAUGCAGAAUUACGUCUUACUUGUCACAGUAAUACUGUAAAUGAUGUGGUUUUCCCUGAAGGUUUCAGUGCUCUAUUUGCGACAUGUUGUGGUUCUGAUAUUAGAGUUUGGAAUGCUUCAAAUACCAAUGAACUAUUACGUAUUCAAAUUAAUGGUCUCUUAUGUAACUGCAUUCAAUUCACAAAGGAUGGUUCUAUGAUAGUAUCUGGAUGGGAUGAUGGUAAACUUCGUGCCUUUGGUCCUCAAUCAGGUAAACUAGUCUUUGCUGUUAAUGAUGCCCAUAAAAAAGAAGGGAUAAAAACUGUGAAUGGAAGUCCUGCAGGAGUGACAGCAGUUUGUGCUGAUCAUUCAUCACAGCGUAUUAUUUCUGGUGGCGCAGAUGGUCUUGUACGAGUAUGGUUGGUACAAGGUAAUAAUUGCGUAUUGGAAGCUUCUAUGAAAGAACACAAAGCAACUGUAAAUGCCAUUUGUAUUUCAGAAGAUAACACAGAGUGUGUUAGUGCCAGUGAUGAUGGCAGUUGUAUUGUGUGGGAUUUAAUUCGACAUGUUCGUCGAGAUGUUAUUUACUCUCAGACAAGAUUCCGUGCGGUGGAGUACUUUAUAGACGGAAGUCAACUUCUCACCACAGGAACAAAUAAAAACAUCACUUGGUGGGAUGUGGUGGACUGUGGGGCCAUUCGCGAGAUCCCUGGCAGCAAAACAGGGGAAGUGAAUAGUUUAUCCAUCGCCGCCGACGGCCGCUUCUUCGUCACUGGCGGUGAUGAUCGCAUUGUGAAGGUGUGGGGAUAUGAUGAGGGCGUCUGCGUGGCGGUGGGACUCGCCCACAGUUGCAAUAUCCGCAAAGUGCGGGUCUCGCCUGAUGGAAAGAAAAUUGUUUCCGUUGGCGAUGAGGGGGCCAUUAUGAUUUGGUCCGUCGGCGAACUCAAAAUAAAUGCACUCUAA